CUGAAAAUAACAAAAUCGAAGGUAUCAAAUUAUUUGCUGCAAAAAUUUGAAGAAUAGUACCGUAAAAUAUAAAUUGAAUACAGGUAUUUUAUAUCAAUUCUAUAAGAUUCAUAUAUUCUAGAUUAAUAUAUUCUAGGUCGUUUUAUGCAAAUUUUAGGAUAGUAUUACAUGCUUUUUUUUACGACACACAAUCAAAAAUAUGUAUAAAUGUCUUCCGAUGUGUCAAAUUAUUUUUUGCAACUGCUGAUGGCGUGCAAGCUUUCACGUUUCAUAAAUUUAUACGGGAUUAUUAAUUAAUAAACCGUUUCCGCAUUUUCAAUGUUUUCAAGUUGCGACUAGGGUAUAAACAAGUUAUGGCUGCUGAAGAAACAGAUUUAGCUGAAAAAUACAAAGCUGUUAUGGUGCUCAGUGGUGUUGGCGAUGCACUUGGUUAUAAAAACGGCUCAUGGGAAUUUUGUCACAGCGGUGAGGCAAUUCAUCAGGAAUUGCAACAGCUUGGAGGGCUGGAAAAGGUAGAUGUAGAUGGAUGGAGGGUUAGCGAUGAUACUGUACUACAUAUCGCAACUGCUGAAGCGCUGGUAUCCGAUUGGUCGACAACUGAGCAACUGUUUUGCACGAUGGCUGCCAAGUACAAAAAGGCUUGUGCCGAGGUAUGUUACAAACUUACAAUUUUCAGUAAACCAUUAAGCUGCAAUGUGCCCAAAUGCACCCAACUUAUUAUUUUCCUAACGACAGAAGAUAUAACUUGUCAAGGGGAGUCUUGCACAUUGAUGGCAUUAGGGGUGCACCGGAACUCGGUUCCGGCGGGCCGGAACCCCAAUUUUUCAGAGUUCUGGUUCUGGCCGGAACUAAUAAAAAAAGCAUGGCUGGAACCGGAACUCUGUCGUUUUCAGAGAGAUAGAAUAUCAAGUUUAUUUACUGAAUAGCAUAUCGAUCAAACAGACUUCACAGUAGGAAGAAAUUUGGACUACACAAGGAAAAUGUACACUAUUAACACUUCAUUGCAACAUUUAACAUUUUUCAAUCUUUUUAUUGUAUUACAUUUGCGAGCUCUUUCCUUGAUAACUUGAAGUGUCUGCCUGUCUGGCAGUAGACAAAGUAACAUACAACUAUAUAUGGCUUUAUAAAUCCGAGUUCCGGUUCUGGCCCACCGGAACUUAUAUCCAGUUCCGGCCAGAUCUGCUUCUGGUCCACCGGAACUUAAACAAUUGGUUCUGGAGCACCCCUAGAUGGCAUUAAUUAUCACAGACAUAAAAUUGCCAUUGAUAUUGUAGACAGAAAUUUUUUGUCUCAAAAUGACAAUUUUCAGGUGCACAAACCAUAUUGCAUCACCAAAACUCUAGAUGUUAUUUCUCGCUUUAUUUAGGACAUGUGGGAGAGGGCGCCAGGACAAACCACGACAGGCGCAUGUUUCAAACUAAAGCCCUUAAGGCCGCAAGGCUAUGUCAUUCCCUUCAACCCACGAGGUGGCGGCUGUGGGGCCGCCAUGAGAGCCAUGUGUAUCGGCUUGAUGUUUCCACACGAUGACCAGAUUGAAAUGUUGAUUGAAGUUGCUGUGGAAAGUGGCAGAAUGACACAUAACCAUCCUACUGGUUAGUUUAUAGCAGUGAGCUGUAUAUAUGCAGAGUAUGUAAUAAUCUUCAGUCAUUCGUCCUAUGAAAGACGCGAUUAAGUCAAAGGGUGAAUUCGCACAAAGGAAAACAAAAGUCAGAGAAAACAAAAUUGGGCAAAAUACCUUCCACUACAUAACUUCUAGCGCGUUCCUAAUUUCGUUUAAACGAUAUUUAAAGUUAUCUAACUUUUGUCUAGGGCUAAAAAACAUAUUUCAAUUGCUCAAAAUACUUCACACUUCAUUGAAUCCCGGGUAAGCGGACCAUAUAAACAGCCCCUAAGUUUAGACUAUUUAUUUUUAGAACAAUUGUGAUAUUACUUUCCUGACAAUGUUUAUCCUAACCCACCCUUUUGGCAAAGCAUUGACAGAGUCCACUCCGUAGUGAGAAUCGAACCCACAAUCUCAGAGGUGAUCCCAAUCACCUUUCUAUUAUGAUCUGCCUGUGUUUGCUGAUUAGAUCUAUUUUAACAUGAUUGUCGUACAUUGAUUGCUUGCCAGAAUGCCAGUAAUUACCAAUUAUAACAAGCCUUCAUCUUUGCUAUUUCAUUCAUUAGGAUAUCUCGGCUCAGUUGCAACAGCAUUACUGACGGCUUAUUGCAUCCAGAGGAAACCUGUGGAAAGGUGGGGUGCCAUGUUGAUCAUUACCUUACCAAAGGUUUGGGCAUACAUCGCCAAGGUUAACCGAGAUGUAGAAGAAAAUAAAAACGCUUGGGACUAUUUUACCAGCAAAUGGAAAGCCUAUCUCAAAUUACGUGGGAUAACUGAUGGUAUGAGCCAACCCAAGUUUCCGAAAAAAUAUGGAAUCCCAGAGCGAGAUGCGUAUUACAAAUCGGUCAGUUAUGCCGGAUGGGGCGGGGCAAGCGGACACGAUGCACCUUUGAUUGCAUACGAUGCACUCCUGAGGGCAGGAGAGUCGUGGUACGAGUUGUGUUCAGGUUCAAUGUUUCAUGGUGGCGACAGUGACAGUACAGGGGUGAUGGCUGCAGCAUGGUGGGGUGGACUAUAUGGUAUGAAAGGGGUACCCCCAUGUAAUUAUAAUAAACUGGAGUACAGAGAAAAGCUGGAAAAACUUGCUGAUGCUUUGUUGAAAGCAGCAAAGUCUCAGCGUGGGAAAUAAAUUUGUGUAGUGGCUUCAGAAUUUUAGUACAAAAUCAUCUUGAUAUUGGUAUUAUAUACAGUACAUUAUAUUUGUACGUUUAGUAAUUUUGUGGUAUUUAGUAUUACAAGGUGCCAAUAUUAUGUUCAGUUAUUAUUAAUUAAUGCAAUUAUUUCUGUUUAAUUACUAACUUACACUAUUAUGUACCAUUGAUUAAGUAUGAUUCACAUAAAAUGUAAUUUAAAGAAUUCACAAUGUAUCAACUUGCAAUUAGAUUUUAAGAUCCUUUGAACCACGGCAUGGUUGAUUUAAAGUAAAAUUUUUGACAAUCUAUUAACAAUCUAGAUUAAUGAAAUCUUAUUGUAUAAAAAUGUUAUAUACUGAAUAACCUUCACAAUUCCUUUACUAUGAUAUGUGAAAUGAUAAAUUCUGGUUUCAUCAGAAAGCUAGUAUAAGGAAGAUGCCUAUUUUCAUUUUCUAAGGAGUAGGGGUGUCAGAGAAAUUAUUCUCUGAAGGGCUGAGGAUUACUGUAGUUUUACAUUACCUGCCAUUUUAAUUUAUAAUAGAGACAUAAUCCUGAUCAGUGCUUUGCAUUCCAUCCACCGACCACCCCUCACACUGUUCAUUCCCAGCAUUCCCCCUGCGCAACGACUCAUAAAUAUUCACAUCUUCACUCUCGCGAUCUGCCGUGAGCGUGGUGUAGAUCUCUUCCAGGAAACUUACCUCGAAAUUCCCUAGGGGAGAGGUGGGGUGCUCCUCCGACAUACACACCUCGUUCACACUCGCGUAGACGUUCGUUGAUUGGUCAGGAUUUUCACUGCCUUGUUCUUCUCCAGGACCUUCCAGGACAUCGUAUAUUGGACCAUCUUCCGUUUCAUUGGUUGAUUGCCCGGCGUCCUUUUCUCCAGGGGUGUCAUAGAGAAUUAUUUCGCAUGCGGAGGGGUACUGGUUCAGCUCAUGUCCUUGUCUUUCUGUACCU